GCACUUCCGUGUUCCUGCUCCUGCUCCUCCCAGCUCAAAGAUGGCCGCCGCGGGACAGAGAUGAGCGACGACCCGAAACAAAAUUACACUUUUGUCAUGAGACCAGGCGCAGGUGUGCAGCCGCCACACGUGUGCUUCUGACAGGGCAGUGGUAUCAUUUGUCACCUCCAAUGUGUCGUGUGCGGACACAAUCACCGGCUUUAGAAAUACCAUGUUUUCGUGCGGGCUUAGCUAGCAAGCAGCGGUUAGCAUUAUAAAUGAACUCGUCUCUCCUGCCACGCCAAGAAGAAAGAAGCCGCUCUGCCCAACGGCGUGUUGACAUCGUGCAACGUCCAUCUUCAUCAUGGCCAUCACCCAGUUCCGUCUCUUCAAGAUAUGCACAUGUCUAGCCAGUUUGCUGACUUUCUUUAAGAGGUUGAUAUGCAGGAGUGGAAGGGGGCGUAAGCUCAGUGGUGAUCAAAUAACUCUCCCAACAACAGUGGAUUUCUCAUCAUCGGUACCAAAACAGCCAGAAGUUGAAGAAUGGAGCUCUUGGGAUGAAGAGGCUCCUACAAGUAUUAAGAUUGAAGGUGGCAACGGAAACGUUUCUCCUCAGCCCAACGACGUGGACCAAGAGCCCGACUACUUCAAAGACAUGACUCCCACCAUCAGGAAAACACAGAAGAUAUUGCUGAAGAAGAGGGAGCCUAUGAACUAUCUGGUGCCCGAUGGCUCAGCAGGAUUCUCCAGCAGACUGGCAGCCUCUCAGGAUAUGAUGACCUUCAGUCCUCCUUCUGCUGAGCUUGGAGAAAUGGACACUUGGCAGGAGGACGCAAAUGCCUGGGAGGACGAGUCCGACGCUGCCUGGGGAGCAGAGGAGGUGCUCAGGGAACAGAAGAUGGCUGAGAGAGAAAAGCGGUCCAUGGAGCAGCAGAGGAAGAAGAUGGAGAAAGAUGCUCAGAGGUUGAUAAAAAAGGAUCAGAAGAUCGCAGUCAAGCUCUCGUAACAUUUUAAGAGAUGCUCAGGUUUGAGCCAAAGGGAAGAAGGAGGUGCAAAAAGACACUGAUUCUGUUGUUAAUAUAUCUCCAAAGUCAUCAAACAGACCAGGAUUAUCACCGUACACUUAUCUGUUAGCAAAGUGUCCUCCUCCACCCUGUUUCCACCAGCAGCCAUUUUAGUCUGCAGAUGUGUACAAUGCAUUCCUCGUUCUCCGGGGUAGAUAACACACUUGGCUUACUCGUUGUUCAUGAGUCAGAGUCAUUGUGGACUUCAAGGGCAAGCUGUGUUUCUACCAUCCGGUUCAUCUUCGCUUAAAGGGUUAGAUGCAGCAUUACAAAUCACCAUUGAACAUCUGAUUAAAUCUGUUGGGGAGCGUAGCAAAAUCUUCUAUUCUGGUUUUUCCCCUGGAACAUUUGUAAAUAAACUGGUACCUGUGCUACCUGUUUGAACCUCAA